ACCCUCUCUCUUCCGACGUCGUACCUCUUGAAUCAGUAACUAUUAUAGCUCUGUCGAGAAAACAAAGAACGAUGUCUGACGAAGGAAAGCUUUUCGUCGGUGGCCUAAGCUUCGACACCACAGAGCAAUCUCUUGCAGAAGCAUUCUCCAAGUAUGGGAACAUCACCAAAUGUGAUGUUAUCAUGGACAGAGAAACGGGAAGACCUCGUGGAUUCGGCUUUGUAAAGUUCGACAAUACCGAAGAUGCGAAGGACGCAAUGGGGGCGAUGGACGGCCAGUCUCUCGAUGGAAGAACCAUUCGGGUGAAUGAAGCGGGCCAGGGUGGCGGUCGCGGCGGCGGCGGUGGUGGAGGAUACAGAGGUUCCCGAGGUGGCGGUGGAUAUGGCGGCGGCGGCGGCCGCAGCUAUGGCGGUGGCGAUGACCGAGGAUACGGAGGUGGUGGCGGAUACAGGAGCGGAGGUGGUCGAGGUGGAUACUCCGGUGGAUAUUAAACCACCACGCGGCCAUAUUGCCGCAACUUGAAUUUCAAAGGAAAUCGCGUAGGUUGCGGCUUCCCCAAUUGUUUUCAUCAAUUGGAGGCCCUUUCCCGUUUGCAGAACAAAGAGAUGUUGCGGACUGUAGGCCCUGGGUGCCAUAGGACCAGGAUUCAACAGUGAAAAGACACUGACAAAAGGACUCCCAGAGUGCCAUACUAUUUCUAUUCGUUAAAAAAAAUAAAGCUUUCUUUUACUU